AAUGCGAGCGGUUUCGGUGUCAGUGCUACUCAUCCUUGUUGUCUGGGUGUCCUGCUUCGGCGAAUCAGGCGCAGAUUGCUGCUGGACAAAGGCCAAACUGCUCUUCACGAUGGGCAAAGGAUCGUGCGGAAUGGUGAAUGCCAAGACCACCAAAUACGGAUGCGAGGCCACAGUUUGCGCGGAUGGAAGGGUGCUCAAGGGCUCCUAUUGUGGAGUGGGUUCUUGCAACAUCUUUGGCUGCUUUUGUCGCGGCGGCUGUCUGGCUGGAAACUAUGGCGAGUCCUUUGUGGAAAUAAAUAAUAAGUAUCAGAUCAACUUGAUAAGCACCCAAAUGAAGCUUGCUAAUUUAACAGAUACCGAGGCUUAAUUGUACAAAGUUUUGUGACUUCCCUAUAAGUUUAAUAUUUUUACAUGCGCAAUCUAAAAAAAUAAAAUAAAGAGUAUCAGAAAGAGGUAAUUUCUACGUG